UUUUUCCAAAAACAAUGAACCACCUUGUGCAGAAGCCUUUCGAGGCAAUGUGGUUUGACAGUUGUACCUCAGUUGUCAAACGGUGGUGCACCAACUGACACGAGACAUAAGGAGCGUUUCAUCAUCUUUUUCACCUAGCGACUGCGUUUCUGUGUUUUUUCGUGCCUUUCUGUUCGGUGGUGUUGAAACAUCUCGGAUAAUCAAGAACCAUCGACAAAAAUCCGGGUGUUGCGAAGUGGAAAUGCGUUCAACUCCCGAAAGAAGGGCCGAAAUUACUACUACACAAUGGUGGUAAAGUUGUGCUGAACGCGCGGAAGAAACAUCCAACAAUCGAUACCUUCUGUCUCUUCGUCGACCUUGAAAAAACGUGUGUUCGGGGAAGCAACUGUGAGUCUGUUCUGUGUAGCACAUAAAGACCACCGCUUGUCGGGGAAAAGUGUACUGACCAGUGGUUGUGUGAAGCGGAAAACACCUUCAAAACAUCAACGGAAAUUGCAAUACACAGCAAAAUGUGCAAUAUGUUAACUUUUCUGAAGCAAAGUGAGCAAGUGGCAACUACUACUACUUACGAAAUCCGCACCUCGCACGGGUUUACGUCAUAUCUGACCGCCCUUAUCAGUCGCUAGAUGGGACGGUGGAGUGUUGUGGCAGCAGUGGUAGCCGUUUUUUUGUAGCAGUCCGGAUCGUCGCAGCCACGCAGCAACGAAACAAGGCGAGCAAAUUAACGCGCACUUACUUCCCUGCCAACGACAAACCAGCAGCUGGAGGUGGUCAGGAGAAACAGCAGGGUACACGAAACAACAGACGGUCAGUGGGUUAGCAACAGCAUCACGAAAGCCAAUAGCCGUCGCAGUGUCUUACGGUGAACCGGAUGUAUGGCACAACGGCGAAUCUGUAGUUGCACGGACCAGACCUGGAAGUAAAUCGUGACUCGGUUGAUAUCCACGUUGUAUAUAAUGUAUAUACCUGUCAUCUUUCUACGAUCCUUUUUCUGCCUUAUUUCUGAUUCUGUGCUGUACGCCGACGUCUAGUCGCGAUAGCAGCAGCAACACCUAUUCCUCCUCGUAACAAUCUGUCAAACCGCCUGUUUCUGGAUCCGAGAUCCGGUGCAAACACAACUCACAUCGACGAGGAAGAUUCACGAAUUCGAACUGCUGAAUUGGUGACUCUAUGCUAUAAGUAUAGUAAUAGUAAUUGCUGAUCGCGAAGAGACCCACCUUUUCUGGACACAUAAUUUCUCCAAAAAAGUGCUACAUUGUGCACGAUAAAAAAGGUGCAGCAAAACGUUUAGUGCGAUAACUAAUCCAGCAGUAUGGCAUCGACCUUGAAGAAUCAUAAAACAGCAGCGGCCGCGGCAGUAGCCACUGCCGGUGCCGCCGGCGCAGGAAAGGGAAACUUCGGUUGGCUGGCCCACGUGAAAUACGAACACCUGAUGGCAGGUAUUUCCGGUGGUGUCACGUCGACACUUCUUCUACAUCCUCUGGAUCUGAUCAAGAUCCGGUUCGCCGUGAAUGAUGGACGAACGGCAUCAGUGCCACAGUAUCGUGGAUUGACCAGCGCAUUCCUGACGAUAUUCCGCCAGGAAGGCUUCCGCGGGCUAUACAAAGGAGUUACCCCGAACAUGUGGGGUUCCGGCAGUGCGUGGGGAUUCUAUUUUAUGUUCUACAAUACGAUAAAGACAUGGAUACAGGAUGGAAAUACGGCCCAACCCUUAGGACCUACGCUCCACAUGUUGGCUGCAGCCGAAGCAGGCGUUCUAACGCUUGCCAUGACCAACCCGAUAUGGGUGGUGAAGACGAGGCUAUGUCUGCAGUGUAAUGAGCGCGUUACGGCCGGUUCUGGUACCGGUUAUGCCGGUAUGGUUGAUGGUCUUACCAAAAUCUACCGCACGGAGGGCAUUCGAGGGCUUUACAGGGGAUUCGUACCGGGAAUGUUUGGUGUAUCGCACGGAGCACUCCAGUUCAUGACAUACGAGGAAAUGAAGAACAAAUACAACCAGCAUCGCAAACGACCUAUCGACGCCAAACUGACGACAUCCGAGUACUUGACAUUUGCCGCCGUUUCGAAAUUAAUUGCAGCCGCCGGUACCUACCCAUACCAAGUAAUACGGGCGCGCCUGCAGGAUCAAAACCAUAGCUAUAAGGGCACCUGGGAUUGCGUGAAGCUGACAUGGAGAUAUGAAUCGUGGCGCGGAUUCUAUAAAGGUCUCGGUCCGAACCUGACCCGGGUCAUCCCGGCGACGAUGGUUACGUUUGUAACGUACGAACAUGUAUCACACUAUCUAUUGGAUAAAAGCAAAGCCAGGAGCAAUACGCACUAAAGCAUGGGAAGUGGUUCCCUUGUUUGCUCCUUCGUUCGGUAUAAGUGUUGAUGCCAGUUAUUAUUCAGCUUCGUUGGCGGUUAAGAAUAUGUUUACUGCACAAAGUGGGAAGGCGAAACAAUAUGCCAUUAAUCCUUUACACGUCUAGAAACUACCAAAAAUUAGGUGUUGAUUAUCUAUAAACAUGUAAGCGCAUAUCGUGCUCCUAGUUCCUUCCUGUGAGAGUUCGUUACCAAUUGUGCACGAAAAAUGCGGCUUAUAGUAACAACACCUUUCCAGUGUUUAACUAACUUACUACUAGCAGGAUAUCCUUUCAAAUGCGUUACCGCUCAAGAAGGAGAAUUUCCCUACGUAGUACCCGUUUUGGCGAAGAUGGUGAAACGGUGGUUUCUUCUGGGUUGGAUCAAUUCUACGGUAUAGUAUAUCAGUACUAAGGUGUGGAAGCGCACAUCCAAUUGUGCAUCUGCAGAAGUAAACUACAGUCAUACACAUUUAGGUUAGCAAAUAUAUUUCCUACAAAAAGACUGUU